CACCGGGGGGAGCUGUCCGCGCCGCGCUGGUUCUGAAAGCCAACAAGAUGGCUGAACGCUGGGGAGUGGAGAGCUGAGAGAAGAAGGAGAAGAACUGAUUUUCAACACGGACGCGCCCUUUUUAUAUUUAAGAGAGGACCUCGACGCCGGCGUUCACAGUCAAAAGUGUGAAGAAAUCCCACUCAUGUGUUGCGUCACGACGCCUGUGAGGCCGCGGUGCUGCUAGCGGAGUGGUCCAUCUCACAGCUUCCUUCCAUCGCCAGGCAAGGCUUUGGUUGUACACCCAAAGGAAAGUAGCGAAGAGACCGGGGAUUGCACUAAAGGAGCCCUCGAGAGAUGUCAUUGCUGUGUGUUGGAGUGAAAAAAGCCAAGCUUGAUGGACCCCAAGAAAAAUUCAACACUUACGUGACGCUGAAGGUGCAGAAUGUUAAGAGCACGACCAUCGCCGUGCGCGGCAGUCAGCCGUGCUGGGAGCAGGACUUUAUGUUUGAGAUAAACCGGCUGGACCUGGGCCUGACAGUGGAGGUGUGGAACAAAGGGCUGAUCUGGGACACCAUGGUGGGCACUUUGUGGAUCCCUCUGAGUAGCAUACGGCAGUCCAAUGAGGAGGGUCCAGGUCAGUGGUUAACCCUGGACUCCAACGUGAUCAUGGCUGAGAAUGAGAUCUGCGGCACAAAAGACCCGACUUUUCACAGGCUACUGCUGGACACCCGCUUCGAACUGCCACUAGACAUUCCAGAAGAUGAGGCCAGAUACUGGGCCAAGAAGCUUGAGCAACUCAAUGCUAUGAGAGACCAAGAUUAUGCCUACCAAGAGGAGCAAGAGAGGCCGCUCCAUGCUCCAUCCACACAAUGCUGUAAUUGGAGUCUGUGGGGAGAUCAGCAGAAUGACGACCCGGAUAGCGCCGUGGAUGACAGGGACAGCGACUACCGCAGCGAGACCAGCAACAGCAUGCCUCCUCCCUUUUACACCACCUCUCAGCCCAAUGCCUCCAUGCAUCAGUAUCCCAUCAGGCAACACCACUACAGACACGCGUACAAUGACGACAUCCACGACAUGGACUAUGACCACAGAGACAUGAGACGCUAUGAUAGUUUAGACUCGGCCACCAACGGGCACAGCGAUAUCGACUCAGGCUCAGGGUCGAGCCGGCGCACCAGUCGUCAGUAUUCUCUAGACAGUAGGCAUUCGCUGUCCGAUAGUCCCACAGACAGUCGCUACGCAUCGUCAGGCGAGCUGAGUCUAGGCAGCUCCCAGCUCAGCGAGGAGUUCAUCCCCGAGGACGGCGAGAGCUUGCGAGGCUCCGAGUUCUAUGACGAAAAUGACUCAUACCACUCCUGCCACUCCUCCAUUAGCUAUGGCAAGGAGGACUUCCCGGGCUGGGAUGGGGAGGAUCAGCAGGGUGUCUACAGCGAUGAGGGAAGCUACGUCAAAGAUGGCGGCGAAGACAGGGCGCUUUAUGAUGAUGGGGAGGGUGAGAUGUAUGAGGAGGAAGGGGAGUACAACUACAAAGAUGAGGAGGAGAUACCAUAUGACGUAGAUGAGGAUACAUACCCACUGGAUGGUGGUCUCACUGAGGAGAAAGCGACACCUUACACCUCAGUGAGCACCGCUACCACCCUCCUCACACCGUCUGAUAGCGUGUCCUCCAGCAGGCCUCCACUGGAAAAGCAGACAUCUUUGCAUCAUCAGCAGCAGCUACCUUUCGAUCAGCUCCAACCCUCAAGCACCGCUCCAACUAUACACCCUCCUCUCAAACAAGAUGACACCUUUUCCCCUUUCACCGCAGAAUCCGCUCCCUUUGCACCCGCCCCGCAAGACUUAUUUACCACCACCACUACCAUCAACAGCAUGUCCACCACCACAACGAUAGCACAGAUUCCAGGACCUGAUGUCACGUUCCAAGAGUCUGAGUCAAAGUCUGAGCUGCCCCUGGUGGAACCCCCACCGGUUGAGCAAGAAAUGGCUGGGGAGAGCGUCCCACCGGCUGCUGAGGAGAAAUCAGAGGAACCUCCUGUCCCAAGUUUCCCAAAGCGGGAAAUCAUGGAACCCGGUCCUGCAAGAGCCAAAGCCAACUGGCUCCGAUUGUUCAGCAGAGUACGGCUACAGUUGCAAGAGGCCCGAGGAGAGAGUGUUGGCAUCGCCUCUCUACUUUUAUCAGCGGGGAUGGGUGGUGCUCUUUACAGCAUCGACAGUAUGCCAGACCUCAGGAAGAGGAAAGCGAUGCCUCUGGUCAGAGAUCUGUCAUUAGUCCAGAACUCCAGGAAGGCUGGCAUCACCUCAGCCCUAACGUCCAGCACACUGCAUAACGAAGAACUGAAGAGUCACGUCUACAAGAAGACCCUCCAGGCUCUCAUAUAUCCCAUCUCCUGCACAACUCCGCACAAUUUUGAGGUGUGGACAGCCACCACUCCCACGUACUGCUAUGAGUGCGAGGGUUUGCUGUGGGGCAUUGCUCGCCAGGGAAUGCGCUGCACAGAGUGCGGGGUCAAAUGUCACGAGAAGUGCCAGGACCUGCUCAACGCCGAUUGUCUGCAAAGAGCUGCAGAAAAGAGCUCCAAACACGGUGCUGAGGACCGAACUCAGAACAUAAUCAUGGUCCUCAAAGACCGCAUGAAGAUCCGUGAGAGGAACAAACCUGAGAUCUUUGAGCUCAUUCAGGAGGUUUUCUCUGUCCCCAAGGCCACCCAUGGCACGCAGAUGAAGCAGAUCAAACAGAGUGUGCUUGACGGCACCUCCAAAUGGUCUGCCAAGAUCAGCAUCACAGUGUUGUGUGCACAGGGUUUACAAGCUAAGGAUAAAACUGGCUCCAGUGAUCCUUAUGUCACCGUCCAGGUAGGAAAGACCAAAAAAAGGACCAAAACCAUCUAUGGCAACCUCAAUCCUGUCUGGGAAGAGACUUUCAAUUUCGAAUGCCACAAUUCCUCCGACCGGAUCAAGGUGCGAGUUUGGGAUGAGGACGACGACAUCAAGUCCCGCGUGAAGCAGAAGUUCAAGCGGGAGUCUGACGACUUCCUGGGGCAAACCAUCAUCGAGGUCCGCACUCUGAGCGGAGAGAUGGAUGUGUGGUACAACCUGGACAAGCGCACGGACAAAUCAGCAGUGUCAGGGGCCAUCAGGAUGCAUAUCAAUGUAGAGAUUAAGGGCGAGGAGACGGUUGCGCCAUACCACGUUCAAUAUACCUGUUUGCAUGAAAACCUCUUCCACUUUGUGACAGACAUCCAGAACAACGGUGUGGUGAAGAUCCCUGAUGCUAAAGGGGAUGAUGCAUGGAAAGUAUACUAUGAAGAGACGCCUCAGGAGAUUGUUGAUGAGUUUGCAAUGCGUUAUGGAGUGGAGUCCAUCUACCAGGCCAUGACUCACUUUGCCUGCUUGUCAUCAAAGUACAUGUGCCCGGGCGUGCCUGCUGUCAUGAGCACCCUGCUGGCCAACAUCAACGCGUACUACGCUCACACCACCCAGGCUACUAACAACGUCUCUGCCUCGGACCGCUUUGCUGCAUCCAACUUUGGGAAAGAGCGAUUCGUCAAGCUGCUUGAUCAGCUGCACAACUCCCUGAGGAUCGACCUCUCCAUGUACCGAAACAACUUCCCAGCCAGCAGCCCUGAGAGGCUGCAGGACCUCAAGUCCACGGUGGACCUACUCACCAGUAUCACCUUUUUUAGGAUGAAGGUCCAAGAGCUACAGUCUCCGCCCAGAGCGAGCCAGGUGGUGAAGGACUGCGUGAAAGCCUGUCUCAACUCCACUUACGAGUACAUCUUUAACAACUGCCACGAGCUCUACAGCCGCGAGUAUCAGACAGACCCUGCUAAGCAGGGUGCAGUACCUCCAGAGGAACAGGGCCCCAGCAUCAAGAACCUGGACUUCUGGUCCAAACUCAUCACCCUUAUUGUCUCCAUCAUUGAAGAAGACAAGAACUCUUACACUCCCUGUCUGAACCAAUUCCCCCAGGAACUUAAUGUGGGUAAAAUCAGUGCUGAAGUGAUGUGGAAUUUGUUUGCCCAGGAUAUGAAAUAUGCUAUGGAAGAGCAUGAGAAAAACCGAUUGUGCAAGAGUGCCGAUUACAUGAACCUGCACUUCAAGGUCAAGUGGCUUUACAACGAGUACUGCAAAGACCUGCCUUUCUUCAAGAGCAGAGUGCCUGAAUAUCCUGCGUGGUUUGAGCCUUUUGUGAUCCAGUGGCUGGAUGAAAACGAGGAAGUAUCUCGGGACUUUCUGCACGGUGCUUUGGAGAGAGACAAGAAAGAUGGGUUCCAGGUCACAUCAGAGCAUGCCCUCUUCUCAUGUUCCGUGGUGGACGUGUUUUCCCAGCUCAAUCAGAGCUUUGAGAUCAUCAGGAAACUAGAGUGUCCGGAUCCGCAGAUUGUUGGACACUAUAUGAAACGAUUUGCAAAGACUAUCAGCAACGUGCUUCUGUCAUAUGCUGACAUCAUCUCUAAGUUGUUUGCCAACUAUGUCACGAUGGAGAAAGUGCCCUGCAUCCUUAUUAACAACAUCCAACAAUUGAGGGUUCAGCUAGAGAAGAUGUUUGAGGCCAUGGGGGGAAAGGAUCUGUGUGUGGAGGCCAGCGAUAUCCUGAAGGACUUGCAGGUUAAACUCAACAAUGUUAUGGAUGACCUGAGCAGGGUCUUUUCAGUCAGUUUCCAGCCUCAUAUUGAGGAGAAUGUGAAGCAGAUGGGAGAUAUCUUAGCUCAGGUAAAAGGAACGUCAAAUGUAGGAAAUGCCAGCAGCGUUGCCCAGGAUGCUGACAACGUCCUGCAGCCCAUCAUGGAAUUCCUGGACAGCAACCUGACUCUGUUUGCAAAGAUCUGCGAGAAGACCGUGCUGAAGCGUGUACUGAAGGAGUUGUGGAAGCUGGUCAUGAACACCAUGGAGAAGACGAUCGUUCUGCCACCACUUACAGAUCAAACGGGCACUCAGCUCAUCUUUAAUGCUGCCAAAGAGCUGGGUCAGCUGUCCAAACUGAAGGAGCACAUGGUUCGUGAGGAGGCCAAAGCACUCACACCCAAGCAGUGUGCCGUCAUAGAACUGGCGCUGGACACCAUCAAACAAUAUUUCCAUGCUGGUGGUGUAGGUCUAAAGAAGACUUUCCUGGAGAAGAGUCCAGAUCUGCAGUCCCUCCAUUACGCCCUGUCCCUCUACACACAAGCCACAGACAAACUUAUUAAGACCUUUGUCCAGUCACAGAAUGCACAAGUGUUUGGCGGCAAGGGGGUGAGGUUCACCACUAGUGAGGAUGUUUACCCAGACAAGGGGUCUGGGGUGGAUGAUGCUGUGGGAGAAGUGUCCAUCCAUGUGGAGAUCUUCACUCACCCCAACACUGGAGAGCACAAGGUCACCGUGAAAGUGGUGGCUGCCAACGACCUGAGGUGGCAGACGCAGGGAAUAUUCCGGCCGUUUGUGGAGGUUUUCAUCAUCGGCCCUCACCUCAGCGACAAGAAGAGGAAGUACGCCACCAAGUCAAAGAACAACAGCUGGGCUCCGAAAUACAACGAAACCUUCACUUUCACCCUGAGCAGCGAGGUGGGCCCCGAGUGCUAUGAGCUGCAGGUGUGCGUCAAGGACUACUGCUUUGCCCGCGAGGACCGCACGGUGGGCAUGGCUGUGCUACAGCUGAAGGAUGUGGCCUCCAAGGGCAGCGUGGCCUGCUGGCUGCCACUGGGCAAGCGCAUCCACAUGGACGAGACGGGUCUGACCGUGCUGCGCAUCCUGUCGCAGCGCAACAACGACGACGUGGCCAAGGAGUUUGUCAAGCUCAAGUCGGACCAGCGCUCUGCCGAGGAAGGCCGCAGCUAAGUGGUUUUCUUACAGCACCACUUGGCAUUCCGUCCAUCCAUGCAUUUUCUAUGCCGCUUAUCAUCAUUAGGGUCACGGGGUAUGCAGGAGCCUAUCCCAGCUGACUUCGGGCGAGAGGCGGGGUACACCCUGGACUGGUCGCCAGCCAAUCGCAGAGCACCUGGCAUUCCAGUGCUGUAAAUACAUUAAUUCCAAUGGGAGCCACGUGCGUUCAUCGUUAUAGAAUAAUAACGUUGGGUCUAUAUCACUUGUGCCGUUACACGCGUCUCAUUCGGCUGCACAGGGUGUCACAUACAAUAUCUUGUAGCCAUUUUUGUCCCCACUUCCCCCUUCUUUCUGAGGAAGCGCCUUCAGAUAGUCAGAACAUAGCACACUGCCUGACACCCUCAAUGCCUUCUGUGUCCUUCACCCUCGUCUUUGUGACGUAUGAGUGUGUGUUCUGCACUGCUUUAUGAAGGAGUAUCACGACCCUGCUGAAAAGAAGAAAUAGUCAAAUUAUGUUAUGUUAUAUUAUGUUACAAGAAUGAAGUAUAUUUUUGAGAAUAAAGUUGUAACAUUACACAAAAAAUGUAAUUACUGAGAAACAAAGGAGUUAAUUUGGCAAAAAAAAAAGUGUCCUGUUACAAGAUGAUUGUAAUGUUAAAAUAAGUCACGUUGCGCAUAAAAAGUUGUGAUGUUUUGAUGUCUUUGACGUUGCGUGAAAGAAGUGGUAUCUUUUUGACAAGUAAAUGCUAACUUUUUUGAGAAGGAAGUCAUAGCCUCGUGACAAUAAAGUAUCAAACUAAUAAUAUAUAAAUAUAAAAAUAAAAUAUGAGCGAAAGUCGUAAUGAUAUGAGAGUAAGAAAGAAGAAGUAAGGAAUAGUCUCAUAAGACGACAUUUAUAUUGCAAGAAAAAAGUAAUGUUGCGAGAAAUCAAACGUACUCGUGAGAAAGAAAAUAACAAUUAUUAAUCAAAUGUUGAGAGAAUAACAAGUCAAAUCAGGGGGAAAGAAAGUAAUUACCCAAAAAUUCACGAGAAGAAGAAGUCAUAGUCUUGUGAGCGUAAAGUCGUAAUAGUACAAGAAAAAAGUCAGUAUGUUACGAGAAAGUAGUAAUAUGAUUACACAAAAAACGUGUAAUAUCACGUAAAAGAAUAAAAUUGUCAUUUUGUUAGAAAAAGUCAUAAUGGUAUGAGAAAAACGUCAGAGGAUUCCAGAGGGAAAAGUCUUACCUUUUUAAGAGAAAAAAAUCCUAAAUUGUUGAGAACAAAGUCGCAGUUUCAUGUGAGUAAAUUAAAAUUAGGAGAAAAAGUCAUAACCUCAUAAGUAGUUGUUUUAUCACACAAAAAAGUCGUAGUGUUACGCAAAAAAAGUUGCAACAUUUUGAGAAUUAAGUUGCAGUAUUAUCAGAAAAAUCAAACAAUAAGUGGUGGUAUCACAGGAAAACAAGUCGAACUUUUGGAGAAAGAAGUUGAGUCGAAUAUUACAGCAUGACAUGGUGUUAAUAUCAAAUAAUAAUCUAAGUUAAUUCAAAGAAAUUUGUUAUAAAACGGCAGGCUUUUUUUCUUAAUGAUAUAACUAUUCUCUAAGAUUAUUUUAUUCUUUAAUAUCUUGUAGCCAUUUUUCAUUCCCAUUUUGUCCCGUUCUUUCUGCGGCAGCACCUUGCGAUAGUUGCUAACAUGUAACCAAGCACAAUGGCGAGGUGAAAGGUCACAAACAUUCCAAAUGGAACACAGAGGGGCGAAUAAAAGUACCAUUUAGUUCUGGUAGAAGUUUUCAAUAUAUUUAUAGAGAAAUAUAAUCAUGAAUCAUAUGUAACGUUAUAUAAAGUAUAAUUCAGGAGUGUUACUUGAUUCUGGAACAGAGCACACUGCCUGACGCCGUCAAUGCCUUCUGUCUCCUUCACCCUUGUCUUUGUGAUGACAAACACCGUGUGUAUGUGUGUGUGUGUAUGUGUGUGUGUGAGAUCAUAGAUUUUUAUGUCACACUUUGGCUAAUUUGCAUCUGACUUUGUUACUGCAAACAUUCCAGAAUGAGGAAUUCCCUGACGCACCAACACGUCUACGUGGGUAACACCACCAAAGCACAAGCAAUUAGCAGUAAACCAGAAGGUAAAGUGCGACCUCUGCUAAAAGGGCUGGUUAACAAAUAGAGGACUCUGAUUGGUACAAAGAGAGCACAACAUGCGGGAUCGUCAUGCAUUCUGACAAUAGUCUUUGAUUGUUUUAAAGCUAUAGUAGACAGUGGAUCCUCCAAAGUCCAACACUAUUCAUUCACUCCGCUUUCAAUUCCCAUAACAAUCCACUGUGAGGGAAAUAAUCAGUUCCAGCAUCAAACUAUCACCUUUAUUAAUUCUACAAGCAAUUUUUAAAGUAACAUUUUAACACUUAAACAACAAUUGUGUAAAAAGAAGUUAUAUGGUAAUAUAUGUUAUAGUAUCUAUUAUAAUAUAUUAUAUUGUGUAAGGUGUAAUAUAUGUAAAAACGACAAUUGGCGGGAUUAUCGUGUGUGCCAUGGAGGUGAGUCUUCACUGUUGCCACCCCACACAGACUUUGCGGUAUACAGUCCGUUCAGUUAUGUCAAUUUAGCUGUGUCGCACUGAGGAGCCAGGACAGCGACGUGUCGCAAUAAGUUCCAUUUUCCCUCGUCUUGUGAAGUCCAAAUUGUGCGACUCUGGGGGUUCCACUGUCCGGGAAUCCAGGAGUGUACAGUACUGACCUGAAUUCCAUGUCAAAUGAAUCAUUUGUCCAGAAAGUUAUCACUGAAGAAAACAAAAUUGAAAUCAUGUUUAUGAAUAUACUGUAAGGUCACAGGGUGUUUUUUUGUUGUUGUUCUAUUUUGGCCUCACAUGAGCGCUUCCCCUCUCUACUAAAAGACCUGAGAGGCUCUCCCUUCUUAAAGUGUUUGAUUGGAACUCUAUGCAGCUAAUCUAUAGAAUCAAAGUAGUCGUCUCAUAAUGUUUACAUUCUUAUAUCAGCACAAGGGUUUGACAUUUUGUCUUUUAUGUCAAGAGCCAAAUGUCACUGCAGCUGAAUUAUUAUUGUGUUCUUUACUUUGAAGAAUAUCAGUGUUGUUGGGACUUGAACUCUGCUCUUGUUUAUGAAGGAGUACUAGGGCCACACUGGACAAAAAAAGGGAAAAUUACAGGGAAUGUAAUGCUAGAAGAAAAAAUUUUGUGAGUAAUGAUGACAAAAAUUGUUAUGUUACAAGAAAAAAAGUUGUAAUUUUUUGAGGAAGUUGUCAUAUUGAAAGAAAAAGUAGUAAUUUAGCAAGGAAAAAGUGGAUUUUUUUUUUCAAGAAUAAAAUUGUAGUGCUACAAGCAAAAAGACACAAUGUUAAGAGGCUCGAGUUGUCAAAUUUCAAGAAAAAUGACAAGCAAAAAGACGUAAUUUUGUUAGCCUCGCGAGAAAAUCAUUAAAAGAAAAACAUGACGAGAUUUAAGACCUAUUACCAGAAAAAAAGUUGCAAUUUUACAACAGUAAUGUAUUAUGCCAAAAAAAAUUGAAAAAAAUCUCAUGAGGUUAAAGUCGUAUUGUAAAGUUUGUAUUUUUGAGUUGUGGUGUCAUGAGAAUACAAUUUGUAAUGCUGCCCCCCCAAAAAUGUAUGAGAAAAGUUGUACGUUCCACAGAAUGAAGUCGUAAUAUUACAGGAAAAAAGUAGUAAAGCUAAAAAUUAUGAUAACUUCUACAAAAAAAGUGGUAACUUUUUGAGGAGCUUGGGUAUGAUGUAAUAUUACAAAAGUACUGAUGUUACAAGAAAAAGUGGCUAAUUUUAGUAUUUUUAUUUCUUUAAAAUACUAUUCAUAAAUACUAUUCAUUUGCUUAAGAUUACACAUUUUCUCUUCUAACAUUACAACUUUUAAACUGGUAAAAUUAAACAUUUUUUCUUUCCAGCGUGGUCCUCAUACUGCCUCUUACUGAUACAGUGGUAACAUACACAAGUCGUUGUGUGACUGUGGGUGUUUUUAAACCACAUGGUGUCUCCACAAAAUGCAGGAAUCAGUCCAAUUAGCUUGAACUAAUUGAGUGCCAGUCUGGUGUGGAGAACAUCUGGACAUUGUCACAAAGCUGCUAAUGCCACGAAAAAUCUCUAUUUACUGCUGUUGACGAUGACGCCGACAUGUUUCAGGGUGAACAUGCAGAAGUUUCAGGGACGGAAGCACAAAGAAAAAGCACACAUCCAUCCAAGAGGACAGACGUGCAUGUUCUGCUCUGUGGCUCACAUGCACUGUCCUGUACUUCCACAAGUGGUGCAUGAUAGGAACGCUGUAAGAAAAAAAAAAAGAAGCAUCGUGCCAGCACGCGCAUAUAUUUAUUUGAUGUUGUCUUCUUUAUUUUGAUAUUUAUUUUUCAAAUGCUUGUGAAUAUAUAAAUAUGUAUUACUGAUGAUGAUGAUGAUGAUAAUGUGUAGUGGUACAAAGUGAUCGCAUGGGACUUUUUUUAUACACAAGAUGUUUCUAAUGUUAGUUUUUUUAAUAUUAUGGUUCUGGGUGUUGAGGUUUACUGGGACUGCAGUCUCGUGUUUCUGCUUCCAAUAAAAUAUGGGAAAAUU